AUGCCGCCCUCAAGCAUCCCCGCCAAGGCGCGCCCGCUGCCCGCUGGCGUCUACUGCCCCGUAGUGACACUCUACAAGAACACGCCCCUGCAGGAAAUAGACCUGGACGCAAUGUACAAACACUGCCAACACCUCGUCCGCGGCGGCCAACACGGCCUCGUGUACCUCGGCACCAACGGCGAACUCGCCCUUCUCGACCGCGCCGAGCGCAAGCAGAUCCUCGCCACCGCCGUCCGAGCCGUCACCGACCUCGGCGUCCCCGACUACCCGCUGGUCGCGGGCAUCUCCGCCCAAGGGACGAAAGAAACGAUCCAGCUGGCGCAAGACGCGCACGAAGCCGGCGCCGGCUGGGCGCUGCUGCUGCCCCCGAGCUACUGGGCGAAAUCCAUGACGAACGAUGCGCUGUUGGGAUACUAUCGCGACGUGGCGGAUCGCAGUCCGCUGCCGGUGGUGGUGUAUAACUUCCCCGGCGUGACGUCCGCCAUCGACCUCGACUCGGACCAGCUCGCGGCGCUCGCGGCGCACCCCAACAUCGUCGCGGUCAAGCUCACGUGCGGCAACGUCGGCAAGGUCGUCCGGCUCGCCAGCGCCUUCGCCCCCGGCCAGUUCGCCGUCUUCGGCGGCUCCUCCGACUACCUCGUGCCCACCCUCGAGGCCGGCGGCGUCGGCUGCGUCACCGGCCUCGCCAACGUCUUUCCCCGCGCCACCGCGCGCGUCUUCGACCUGUGGAUGGAGGGGAGGAAGGACGAGGCGCGCCGGCUGCAGCAGGUCGUCGCGAAUGCCGAGUGGGCGUGCAAGAAGAGCUUGGCGGCGACCAAGUAUGGCGCUUGGUGGUUUGUUGGGAGGGGGCUGGGGUUGGAGGAUAGGAUGACGUUUGCUCCGCGGAAGCCGUAUGUCGAGAUUGGUGAGGCGAUGCGGGGGUGGACGGUGGAGACGAUGGGGGUGCUGCAGGGGGAUGAGGUUGCCAUUCCGGAGGGGAUCAAAAGCCCUGCGAAAGUCGGUGGUGCUUCGUGA